UGAGCCUUUCAUCAUCAAGCACAAGCAUUAUCAAUUCAGCCAUCAAACGUCUCUAAAUUUGUUAUUUAGUUUCUUGUUUUCAAUCUUCUGGAAAAGAAAAUGGCAAUGAUUAGUACUAAAAAACUCAUCAAAAUGGCUAAGAAAUGGCAGAAGUUUGCAGCCAUGCAGAGGAAAAGGAUUUCAUUUCCAAGAAAUGGUAGUGAUGCAGACAGUUGUAGUACGUCUUCAUCGUCUAUAGUUGAAAAAGGACAUUUUGUAGUAUAUACAGCUGAUCAAGCACGCUUUGUCAUUCCAUUGGCUUACCUUGAAAAUGAAGUCAUUAGGCAACUCUUGAACAUGUCUGAAGAAGAAUUUGGGCUUCCUUGUGGUGGUCCUAUUACAUUACCUUGUGAUUCAGCCUUCAUGGACUAUAUCAUUUCGUUAAUAAGCAGAGGCGUAACUGCAGGAGAUCUUCACAAAGCAUUGCUCCUAUCAAUUCCUUCUAGUUGCUGUUCGGCAUCUUCUUUGCACCGAGAAAGUGGAAACCUACAGCUUCUUGUUUGUUAAGUCAUAAUCAACAUUUUUUUUAAUUACAUUCUAGUUUAGAUAGGGCAUAGAAUGAAGAACACAAUUGUAAAGCACAUCGUACAGAUUGAAUAUUAUUUUAUCAGAGAAAAUUGAAUAUAUCCACUGUUUUCACUUUUA